UAACGUAGAACAGCAUGAUCGCCAUAAAUCACGAUCUCUAGUCACAACAACUGUAGACCAACGGAGUACAAACUAUAUUGCUGAUGAUAGAUGAUAUCCCCGCGAAAUUUUAAUAAUAUUGUCUAUUAAUAAAAGUUAAUUUUUUUGAAAAAGCUUAAACGUGCUGCCGCGUGCCAAGUGAUUGGCGCUUAAUGCUUACCUAGUACGUUAUACAGAUUGCAAAUAGUGCAAACCUAGUUUUAGCACCUUCCAUACAUUUGGAUUGAUCAUCAACUUUAUUUUUAAUAGGCACUAUAAAAAAUAUUUUUCUUGGAUCGCCCGUUUAACUUGUCAGGGUGUACAUAACACGAGUUGAUAUUCGGGCACAAUGAUAUCGUUGCUAAAGAAGCGGCUGGGGGAUCGAACGCUUUCGGCCGUAGAUCUCUACGCCAAAACGUUGAGUGAUAUUGAAAAUAAAUCUAAUCUAAAUGCGUUCGUGCAUGUCGUACGAGAUGGAGACCGGCAAGUAGCGGAGAGUCAUAAACGGUUGCAGAAUGGUACACAGAGACCACUGGAAGGGAUUCCAAUUGCAGUCAAAGACAAUUUCUGUACUAAGGGUGUGCCCACAACAUGCGCAUCAAAAAUGUUACAGAACUUUGUACCAGUGUAUGAUGCUACGGUAGUAGAACGUUUAAAAACUGCUGGUGCUAUAAUUAUUGGCAAAACUAACUUGGAUGAAUUUGCAAUGGGUUCUGGCACUGUAGAUUCAAUUUUUGGGCCUACUAAAAAUGUGUGGUGUUCAAAAUCCAACCAAUGGCACAUUGCAGGCGGUAGUUCUGGUGGCAGUUGUGUUGCAGUGGCUUCUGGAAUGUGUGUAGCUGCCUUAGGAUCAGAUACUGGUGGAUCUAUAAGAAAUCCUGCUUCAUAUUGUGGUGUAGUUGGUUAUAAGCCUACUUAUGGCUUGUUAUCACGCCACGGCUUGAUACCUUUAGUAAAUUCAAUGGAUGUACCUGGAAUUAUUGCUAAAACUGUUGAAGAUGUGGUUACAGUGCUGAGUGUAAUGAUUGGACCAGAUAAAAAUGAUUCAACAUGUGUUGACUCAAAUUUGGAUACAAAUUUAUUUCAAACUGAUUUUUCAAUAGACAAAUGUCGUAUUGGCAUACCCGAAGAAUAUAAUUGUGAGGGUUUGUCAGAUGAAGUUAAAGAAGCCUGGGAUUUUGUUGCAAAUCUCAUUAACGAUUUUAAAGGCACAGUAAAUAAGGUAUCAAUGCCUCAUACCAGUGUCUCAAUAGCCACAUAUUCAGUAUUGAAUGCUUGUGAAGUAGCAAGCAAUAUGUCACGGUACACAGGACUCUUCUAUGGCUAUCGAUCAACAAAUGAUCAUAAAUCAUUUGAAUCAUUAAUCACUACUACUCGAAUGGAAGCUUUAGGAGAAGUUGUAAGAUCUCGAAUAUUAAGUGGAAAUUUUUUUCUUUUACGAAGUAAUUAUGAAAAGUAUUUCAUGCAAUCAUUAAAAGUAAGACGAUUGAUAUCAGAAGAUUUCAAAAACUUAUGGAAAUCAAACUAUGACUUUUUAGUAACGCCUACUACAUUAACUACUGCUCCAUUACUAUCCGAAUUUACUUCUUUAGAUAAUCGUACACAGUGUGCCACACAAGAUUAUUGUACCCAACCAGCCAAUAUGACUGGUUGUCCAGCUAUUACUAUACCAGUAAAAUUAUCAAAUAAUAAGAUGCCAAUUAGCAUACAAAUAAUGGCGUCAAAUUUUGAUGACAUAAGAUUGCUGCAGUUUGCUAAUUGGUUAGAAAAAAAAUUACAAUUUUCACAAAUUCAUCUAUAAAUGUAUUGUGUAUUAAUUAUAAGUUAUAAAUAUAUAGUUUUAUAUAAACAAUGGAAAUAAUGGUAUAUAUUAAGUUAAACAUCUUAUA